CUAUUACAUAGUUUAGCAAUCUCUUAUACCAUUUUCUUAAGAUUUACACUUUCCUACUAGCCACAAUGUCGCGGAAUAUUCUGUUUGCUUUACUAUGCGUGACAAUUGUUAGUACCGGCUUUGCCCAGUUUACGUCCAUAUAUCCGAUUGACAAGAAGCUGAAGAUCGUUACUGUGGAGAUUCCAUACCUAUUCAACAAGGAUAAAACAGGAUUUAUACCGAAUCUCCUGAAACGUUUCGCGCAAUAUGGAGCAUUAAAUCUGGAUCUGGAUAAUAUUACUUUUGCUCAUGACUUCACCGAAGCGAAAAACUGGAUUAUGGAUCGAAAAUACAAUCUCGACAUUUUUGCGGCGGCUGUGGAAAAUGACGGCGUUUUCAGUGGCGAUCUACAUUUCACAUAUCCGAUUUGGGGCUCUCAUGUUAUACAAGUGAGGAAUAAGAAAAAGAUGGAUGUCACCACGGUAUCCGUUCUCAGCACCACACCAACGCAACAAACAAUGCAGGCGCAACCAGGAAAUUAUCCAGUAUCCGGUCAGUUAGGACCGCCACAAGGUGACAGUGCGCAGCCCGGAACACUGGCUGAUGCACUGAAAGCCGUUCAGGAUGGCAAAACGACUCUGGUCGGACGAACGCCCGUUGUUGACACAGCCAUAAGAGAUCCGAAGUACCCGGAUUUGUUUCUGGACACUAUGCAGGGCGCGUCCACUCCACUGCCGGUUUUCUCCAGUUUUGCGGUGAAAAGCGCUCCGGAAACCAUGGCGCGUCUCAAUGCUGCCAUUGUGGCCAUGCGGGCAACUAAAGAAACGGAGGCGUUAUUUAACGCGACAUUCACUCCUUCGCCGUUCAUUGAGCCUCCAGCGGAUUUUAUUCCCACUUUCAAUACGACGUCCACGCCCAAUUCCACGGUAACGCCCCUAUUGGUCUUCCUGCGUCAGCAUGGGUACGAUUUAUUCUGACGAUCCUGUCGUGUAUUUAGAGCUCCAGCUAGCUGAUCCAUGGAUUUGCUGACCCUUCAGCUUAUCUGCAUUUGCCGCCGAUAUGCAGCUUAAUUCGGUUUUGGGUAUUUCUAACUUGCUAUUAAAAUUGUAUUGCAAUAUCACGAAGCGUUUAUGUACUAGUUGUUCGCAAAAGUCUUCUAGUGAUUUUAUACUGUUUAGUAUUUUAUUAUGACUAGAACAACUUGACUUGGGUGCUUCAUAUAACAAUACAAAUCAGAAAAUAUUGUGACGGAAAAUUUGAUAAAAUCGUGUUUAAUCU